AUUGGCCUAGCUACUUUCGACAAUAAUGAAUUUCUACGUUCCGCUGAAGAAUGAGACGAUCGAGAGACCAAUUGCGUCUCAUAUUACGAAGAUGCCUCAUAUAUUGGGAAGAAGAUUCGCUUUAACAACCACUAAUUUUAAAUACUUGGAUAUUGGAAUCAGUGUCGGAUCUAUAUCUCAUGUGGAAAUACUUAUUGGUGACAACCGAGGCAAUUACAUUAUCCUGCCUUAUGGAAUGUGGAGGAUGUUUAUUGAGAGACGUAUGAACAUUGAACAAUUGCUGCAGUCAAGCGUCCCGUCAUCGCUACGAAUUCAAGAUUUAGUUCUAGAUAUCGUAAAAAUACGUAAUGAUAAUAUUGUUAAAUUGACGUUGAAUGAUACUUGUAUGUUCAUGAAACCGUCGACUAUGCUUUUUAUAUUCGAACUCGAACAUUGUGUUGAGCAUGUGUUGGUGCAGAUACUGGCUGCGAGCAGCCAGACGCCGCGCGGCGUCGGAUCAUGCGGAGUUUUUGCGGACCCAAGCGAGGGCGAGGACGCUUCCGCGGGAGCAGGCGAGCCUGCAGGAGCAUGCGAGAAGCCUACCGGUGGAGGGUCCGCGCGAGGAGGCGCCCCGGAGCCCGCAGGUGCCACUACGGAUUAUUUUGGAUGUGGUCACCGACAGAAGGCAGGUUGCCUUUUACAAUUAAUAUGGCAACGGACAGGCGGAUAA